AACUGUUGUGUUUUUUUUACCCCGCCUUUUUCCUUGAACUGUACAUUUAACACCACCCCCACUCUUCCCACACCAUAAAUAUGCCUGUACCUUUCGAGUCAUUGCUUCCCUUUGCAAUUAUUGCCGGCAUGUACGUUGUCACCGCAACUGGUUUGAACGUCACCAGAUAUUACUCUAACGACAAAAAGCCUGGAAGAUACGGCCUUGAUCUUUGGGAGAACCAAAUGAUGGAGCGUGACAGACGUUUAACUGGAUCAAAGAGAGGACAAUCUGAUUCUCCUAUUGCACCAGCAGGAUUUGCCACCAACAGUAUUUGGUAUUUGGAAAAGCAAAGAAACCAUUAAAAAACAACAACCAGUUCGAUCAUUGAAUGGAUAUAUUAUUCUUAACAUAAUCAAAUAAAACAAAAGAAAUGAUGAUUUAUUUUUU